GGCAUUUGCGCCUGCUUUUACCGGCUGACCUCCAAAAUGCCGGUGAUUCGGCUGCAACCGCCGCUAAAGCUUCUGCUUUUAAUUUUGGUGUUCUAUUUUCGUUAUUCGGAUUCAGAGAUUAUUUUCGAAGAACGAUUUGAAGAUGGAUGGCAGAGCCGCUGGGUUGUAUCAGAUUGGAAAAGGAGUGAAGGGAAAGCUGGUUUGUUUAAGCACACAGCUGGAAAAUGGUCUGGAGAUCCUGAUGAUAAAGGUAUUCAGACAUAUAAAGAUGCCAAGCAUUUUGCAAUAUCUGCAAAGAUACCGGAGUUCAACAACAAGAACAGAACACUUGUGGUUCAGUAUUCCAUAAAGUUUGAACAGGACAUUGAAUGCGGUGGUGGUUACAUUAAGCUUCACUCAGGUUAUGUCAAUCAGAAGAAAUAUGGUGGUGAUACUCCUUACAGUUUGAUGUUUGGACCAGAUAUAUGUGGCUCACAGCAAAAGAAGCUCCAUGUUAUAGUCUCUUACCAGGGACAAAAUUAUCCCAUAAAAAAGGAGAUACAAUGUGAAACAGACAAGUUAACACAUUUCUAUACAUUUAUUCUUAGGCCUGACGCAACUUAUACUGUCCUUGUUGACAAUCGAGAAAGAGAAUUUGGAAGCUUGUACACAGACUGGGAUAUCCUUCCUCCACGAAAAAUCAAAGGUGACAGUAGAAAGCCUGCAGACUGGGACGAUAGAGAAUAUAUUGAUGAUCCUAAUGAUGUGAAACCAGUGGGAUAUGAUUCAAUUCCUGCUGAAAUUCCUGAUCCAAAGGCUAAAGAGCCUGAUGAUUGGGAUGAAGAAGAAGAUGGUAUAUGGAGGCGACCAAAGAUUCCAAAUCCAGCAUACAAAGGACCUUGGAAACGAAAGAAGAUCAAGAACCCCAACUAUAAGGGGAAGUGGAAGACUCCUUGGAUUGAUAAUCCAGAGUUUGAAGAUGACCCUGAUCUAUAUGUACUGAAGCCAAUAAAAUACAUAGGAAUUGAAGUUUGGCAGGUUAAGGCUGGUUCAGUUUUUGACAACAUUUUGAUCUGUGAUGACCCAGAGUAUGCAAGACAAGUUGUAGAAAACGUAUGGGGCAAGAACAGAGAGGCUGAAAAAGAGGCAUUCGAGGAAGCAGAGAAAGUGAGAAGAGCCAGGGAAGAAAAGGAAGCGGAAAGAACAAGAGAGGAAAGUGAGAAGAGGAAAGCAGCAAGGGAUAGUCGGUAUGGAGCUAGGAAGCGCCGUAGAAGGCAUGAUCCAGACGAUGACUUGGAUGAUUACCACGAUGAACUUUAAGAGGCAGUUGCAGAGAUUUUUGGCUUUUACUCUGUUGAAAGAUAAAAGGAAGAGAUCACUGCACUUUGCUGGACCCCCAAUGCCCUGCAUUAUUGCGAGUAUUUCUACUCCCUUCUUGUUGUAACAUUAAAAUUACACUGAAAUGUAUUUUCUCCUAAAUGAUAUCCUGAAUAAAACAGUGGGGUUUUUGUCGAUCUGUGCACGUGUUCUUGUAGCUUCUCUAGUCUGUCAGAACCCGAUUUGAAACUUGUCAGGUUUUUGGUGUUUGGCUGUGUUGCAGCCUAGCAAAACCCUUGCUGAAUUGAUAGAAACUGGACAGGUUUUGAUU